AUGUCUUGGUUAAGUGUAAACGUCAGUAACGUCAGUGAAGACGGGGACCAGCCGCGGGAUGAACGCUUGGCUCAGGUCGAAAUCGCUCUUUUGGCUUUAAUGUUCGUCAGUGCGGGAUUCUUAAAUUUUGGGCUGCUGCUGGUGCUUUGGAAGCGGAGGAAGCAGCUCUCCAGGAUGCGGGUCUUCGUUUUUCACCUGUGCAUCGCUGACUUGGUGGUCGCGUUUUUCCAAGUUUGUCCGCAACUCAUGUGGGACGUCACGGACAGAUUCGUCGGUCCUGACAUCCUGUGCCGCGCAGUGAAAUACCUGCAAGUCGUCGGUAUGUUCGCCUCCACCUACAUGGUCGUGGUGAUGACCAUGGACCGGUACCAAGCCAUCUGCAACCCAAUGGUCACGUUCCAGCGGCGCGCUCGGCGCCGCUGGAACGUCCCCGUGUGCGUGGCGUGGUGCGCUUCCCUCGUGGGCAGUCUUCCUCAGAUCUUCAUCUUCUCCAAAGUUGAAGUUGCGCCCGGCGUGUACGACUGCUGGGCCGACUUCGUCAAGCCGUGGGGGCUGAAAGCGUACGUGACUUGGACGACCCUGGUGAUCUUCGUCCUGCCCAUUCUGACGGUGAUUGUGUGCCAAGUGCGCAUUUGCCGUACGUUGCAAGUCAACUUCCACACGAAAACGCACCGUGCGGGCGGGGCAGUCGAUAAAACAGUGUCGUCGAGGGCCAGCAGCAUUGCAGGGGUCUCAAAGGCCAGGGUGAAAACAGUGAAGAUGACCGUGGCCAUCGUCCUUGCUUAUAUUAUCUGCUGGGCACCUUUCUUCACAGUGCAGCUGUGGUCUGUCUGGGAUGCAGAGGCUCCCACUGAGAAUGCAGUGUUCACCAUUCUGAUGCUGCUGGCUAGUCUGAACAGCUGUGCAAACCCCUGCAUCUACCUGCUCUUCAGUGGAAAGCUUCCAAAGAGACUCGUAGCACUGAUGUGUGUUGAGCAGCCUGAGACAAAGGAGUCCAUCCAUGAGGACGCCACAGUGGUCAGCUCCUUAUAUAUAAGCUUCAAAAGCCUGUCAGACUCCAGAUGA